GCAGUUUUAUUUGGAUUCUUCCUGUCCAGAGACGCGGUUAACGCGUGCGCUGUGUUUUCCGUCGCUCGUGGAGAGUCAGACUGGACUGGAGAUUCAGAUGACAGAAGAGGUACGAAUCCAGGCACAGCGCGUGCGACUGAGGCAGUGGGCGGAUAGCCUAGCGAGGCUGCGUAGAGGCAAGCCUCCUCGUAAGAUUCGUAAAAGGACCUUAAAGUAUUUUCUUUAAGAGCGAAUCGGCGACACCCUGUGUACUUUUUGUUCCGCAGAAUGAAUAGAGGUGAAGGAUAAGGUUUGGGCGUGGCGGGGUAUCUCGAAGAGCGUCUGUCUGCGUUCGCCUCCUCUGGGGUCUCCUCUCGUCCUUCGUUUGCAACUUUCGGGUUUCGCUCGCCUUCCUGCUCUUCUUCUCGCCCUUGUGCUCUUCUCCCUGCCUGCGCCCCCCUCGCUUCUCUUUCCUUCAUAUCGUCUGGCACUUCUUCUUCCACUUUCGCUUCUAUGGACUUCAUUUCGUCUCGCUUUCCGUCGUCUUGUGCUGCCCCUUUCGCGUCUCUGUUCUUCAUAUUUCCUCGCUUCUCCUCAUCCUGCGCUACACACCUAGUUCCAGGUUUAUCCUCCUCUUCGUUGCAACUUGGCAUUCGUCCAGCACCUGCACCAGAUGAAGGGGGAAGGCUCUGCCGAGAAGUGGGGCAGGACGCCUCUAUAGCCACUUUGUCGAAGGUGAAGAUUUUCACAGUGAAUGCGCGCUGACCUUUCAGCCAGUAGGUCAUAGGGUAGCGCAGCGGACGCAUAUUCUCUGCGAUUUUAUCCAACUCGGCACUUGUGAAGGUCCUGUUGUUGUCUAUUGAAUCUGGAAUCAUCUUCGCUUCCCGCUUGUCGGCA